ACAGAUGAAGGGGUCUACAGAGCGAGUCAGUAAGGGUGCGUGACGCAGACGCACCAUGGAGGGGAGCUGGCUGGUGUUAGCCGCUGUUUUGAUAGCGGCGCGCGCGCAGACCAACCGGAAUGAUGGCCCACGGUUUCUAUCUAGAGGCCACUCGUUCAGAACAGUAGUCGGGGACACGCUUCUUCUACCAUGUCAAGUCCAAAACUUAGGUUCUCUCGUGCUGCUAUGGAGGAGGGGUCCAGCAGUCCUCACGGCUGCCAGUCUGAUGGUGACCAGAGAUGAGCGGUUCCGACUGGUAGACGGCUACAACCUGCAGAUCACUGAUGUUGGGCCUCAGGAUGCAGGCGACUACGUCUGUCAGAUCUCGGACCGCGUGGCCCGCGACCAAGUGCAUACAGUGGAAGUGUUGGUGCCGCCGUCGGUCCGCGCGUCGCCCGAGUCUCGUCACGCGGCCGCGCGCCGCGGAGGCGCUGCGGUGCUCGAGUGCCGCGCCGCUGGCAACCCAGUGCCGAGCGUCACGUGGCAUAAACUGCUAUCCCUUUAUCCGCAGGUCGUGUUCCAGAACGACAGUAACUCUCGCCUCGGCGAAGGGCCUCAACUACAGCUGUCCCGGUUGGAACGCACCCAUAGCGGAAGAUAUGCUUGCACUGUGGACAACGGAGUGGGCCCGCCUCUGGUCACGGAGUUCCAACUUCAAGUAUUAUAUCCGCCGGAAAUCACUGUGGAGCGGUCGUGGGUCCACACCGGCGAAGGGUUCAGAGCUGAACUGUUAUGCACUGUACUGGCUGACCCACCGGCUGAGGUGACGUGGUACCAGAACUCGUUCCCAUUGAGCGCCACGGAUCGGAUCACUAUGUCGGCGCGAGGAAACAACCAUACUUUGUUGAUCGCAAAUGUACAACCUGAGGAUUUCGGAAACUAUAGUUGCGUGGCGGACAACAGCCUGGGUCGGUCUCGUCGCCACGUGGAGGUGUCGGGUCGGCCGGGCCCCGCGCGCUUCACGUCGGCCCCGCUGGCGCGCCGGCCCCACGAGUACACACUCUCAUUCACUGUGGACAGCUACCCGCCGCUCGACGAGCUGAGGCUGCUCUAUAGGCAGUUGGCUAUAAACGAGUCAUUCCAGCAGCCCGGUCGCUGGCACGACGUCGUAAUCCCAGCACCCUCGCCCGCCGGCUCCCUCACGCACCGCGUCACACAUCUACUGACCAACUUACAGGCUGCGGCCGUUUACGAAGCCAUUGUGCAGGCCAAGAACAGAUACGGAUGGAACGAGGUCAGCGACAUCUUCCAGUUCCAUACUUUGGGCGGCGCUCACACGGCGCACGCGGACGAACUAACGCCGAUGUUCGCAUCGGCAGACACACACCGACUGAGCUCCUUCGCCAGCGCGCUCGCCUUAUAUACCCUCCGCGCCCUCGCCUGAUUGGUACAACGCUAGCCAAUCAUAGCGCGUUCUUUUUUACAAAUAAAAUAAAAACCCCGCUUCAUAAUUUUCAUUUGCUAAUCGUUAAACGAUUGUAACACCAAAGACUUAUUUCUAAGUGUUAAUAAAGAAUUUUACAUUUUUUAUUAGGAUAAUCGAUCGGCUUUUAGAUUAACUUCAAUAACGUGUAAAUAUUGUGGCGGAAUACACAUUCUAGGUUAAAAAUUCAUAUGCUGCGAGCGUAAUACGCAAGAAGACUCCUUCAUAGGGGGCAAUGAGAUUAUAUUUUAUCCAUUUAACACGUUUUUCUAGUCAUUUCACUUAAAAGCAACAGAUUAUGUCGCCUGCUUAUGAAGUCUCGAAUGUCGUUUUAAAACGUCUCGUUAAUUUAGAAUGGAUCAAAAUUGUCACUAGUCCUAUUAUUACGCAGUUUUCAACAAUAAUACUAAAAUUUCAUAUUUAUUAAUUGUGUGCUCAUAAACUCAAGAACUGAACUCCUUAGAGAAUCAUUUAUCCAUAACUGUUCCUAAGGUUUAUAAGUUGGAUAAAAAUUUAUCAAUAAAUUAAUUACCAAAAAUUUAUUUUUUAAUUAUGCUGUCUGAAUUGAAAGUAAAUAUCCGAUGUCAAACAAUCUAUUGUAUCUUCUAAAAAAACAGAAAGGCGUCAUUUUCUUCAGGCGCGUCUAUCUACCUAGGAGAUAAGAAUCUUAUGUAAACACUGAAGUUAAAACUGUCAAAAAUUUAGAUUUUUUUUUGUCCGGAAUUUUUAUAUUUUUUGGUCAUCUCAUGUCCUGUUGUCCGUCCUUACCUAAUGUAAAAACAGCCACAUAUUUUUUUAUUUUCUCCAUCUUUAUAGAACUUAAACUAAACUUAGCUUUACUAAAAAAAAUUUUAUAAAAAAGUACAAUGUACUAAGGACAUCCGACAAAUUGUGGCAACUAUAUAUGUAAUACGGUUAAAUAGUUGGCAACAUUUUAUUAAGUUUCAAUUAAAAUUCCACUUGUUUCAUUUUAUUUUCUUCCUAUUCCUAAUAAAUCUUCCUAUUCCAUCCAUAGGAAAGGCCUGUGCUCCAGCAGUGGGGACAUUAAUAGGC